GUCGCAAAGGUCAGAUAAGAGGUGGUCAGAUGAGAUAUGGAUAACAAUGAAGAUCCCAUUCCAUGUUCUGGGUAUUUACGAGAUUUGUAUAAAAUGAAAGUUUCUGCAUUUUGUAACCGUUUGUAUUUAUUUUCGUAUUAAACAAUAAGAUUUUGUUCAGAUACAUUUUUGUUUAGAAACCAAAAGAAAAAUCUAUCAGUGGAAGGGUUAAAGCCGUGUGGUUCACAUGACAUCACACUACUCUCACAAACAAAAACUAUACGUUAAAGAACAACAUUUAUUAGAGCCAAAACUAUACGCCUCUUCUGAGCCAUUAGAUCUUAUUUCACCAAAAAAAUCAACGGCCCAAACAAGAGACUCUAAAACCCAUAUACCUACUUUUACUUUUCCAUCUGCUGCAUUUAUUCCAACCAGAGUAUUAUCUGGUUUGGUUCCUUAAAGGGAAUAUUUUUUUUUUCAAACUCGCGCAGAGGGCCUUAAUAUCCAACGAAAAGAUAGCUAUCCCAAUAUUGUGCUCCAUCUAUACAAUGUGUCUUCAGGCGUUAACAAAAGAGAGAAAGUGUCCCUCGGUGUAAACGUCUAUAUAAAGAAUACAAGGUAAGUUACUUUUGAAGAAAAAUAGAUGUAAAUGUUGUUGAAUUUUUUUUAAAUACACAGCUAAAUUGUUUUGGUCUGAUGGUUAAUUAUAGAAAGUUAUUAGCGUACUCUAGAUUUAAUCAAAUUCAACAAACUAAAAACUUAAAAAUAUGUUAAAAAAUAUAUAUUUUCUUCUUUUUCUCUUCCCAGGACGAGUGAAUUGAGAUAUAUGUGUUUAUUUACUAUUUUUGUGUUUAUUUACUAUUUUUGUGUGUGUGGAAAAGAUAAGAACACUGACAAAAUAAAAGAUAAGAACAAAACCGUCUAAAAUAAAGACUACAUUAAGAAUAUAGUUAACCAAGAAUGACUCUAUAUAAAGAUUGUUCGGUGAUUAUUGGUGUCAAUAUCCAAAAAUUAAUCACAAAAUGGAUAAUCUCUCUACUUUGCUCAUGGUAGCUCUCGUCCUUUGUUGCACCACCACGCUAACGUGCACCGCCCGCCCUGAACCGGCCGAUUUCCCCUCCUUUACAAUCUCUUCGGCCGACAUACUUAGUCUGGAAAUGAUGGAUUCAAAAUUAUAUGAAGCGGCGGGAGAGAGUUGCGAGAAAGACGACGACGAAGAUUGCUUGACGAGAAGAACAUUGACGGCUCAUCUUGAUUAUAUCUAUAGACAUGAAUAACCCUUAGGUUAAUUAUUUGUCGUUAACUUCAAAUUACUUCCACAAGUUAUAUAUGUGUAUAUAGAAUCACUGAUUAAUUCUUUUAAUGGAAGUGUCAAAAUACCAGAUGUAUAUAUAUAUAUAACUAUAUAUAGUAUAGAAUCGAGUUUAAAAUAUGUUUUAAAUUAGAAAUGUCAAAUUAUUAUUAAUUUGGUUACAAAAAAAAG